GGCCGCCUGGAGAGUUGGCAGGUGGGGUGAGAGUCUCUUGUCAACUCAUUAAUCUUCCAACAGUCCAGUUUGGGGGAGCUGCAGAAUAGCCCAGGGAGGCGAGGCGAGGCCAGAGUUGGCCCGGGAUGCUGGUGGUGGCAGCAAAGAGAAGCCUCGAAAAGAUUGGAGGCAAAAUUGGUCUUGGGGUGCCGGUCCUUGCCUCCCUCCUGCCUUGAGUGUGGGAGAGCACUUUUUUUUUUUUUUUUUUGCCAAGACUCAGCCUCCUUCCCAAGGGAGCAGCAGAGGCGUCUGCAGGGGCCCGCAGCUACCUGCCCGGCGCGCCCCUACCUCGGGGCGCCCCCACCUCGGGGCGCUUGCUUUCACUCCCCCCGUGUCCCCCACCCCCACCUCCUUAUUGGUGCUGGUUUGCAGCGCUCGCUCGGCUCUUGCGCCUUCGCUUCGCGUUUGAAAUCUGGCUCGCCCCUCCGUAUUAUGUCUGCACUCCGAAGGAAAUUUGGGGACGAUUACCAGGUAGUGACCACCUCGUCCAGCGGCUCGGGCUUGCAGCCCCAGGCGCCAGGCCAGGGCCCACAGCAGCAGCUCGUGCCCAAGAAGAAGCGGCAGCGGUUCGUGGACAAGAACGGCCGGUGCAAUGUGCAGCACGGCAACCUGGGCAGCGAGACCAGCCGCUAUCUCUCGGACCUCUUCACCACCCUGGUGGACCUCAAGUGGCGCUGGAACCUCUUCAUCUUCAUCCUCACCUACACCGUGGCCUGGCUCUUCAUGGCGUCCAUGUGGUGGGUGAUCGCCUACACCCGGGGCGACCUGAACAAAGCCCACGUAGGCAACUACACGCCUUGCGUGGCCAAUGUCUACAACUUCCCCUCUGCCUUCCUCUUCUUCAUCGAGACCGAGGCCACCAUCGGCUAUGGCUACCGCUACAUCACCGACAAGUGCCCCGAGGGGAUCAUCCUCUUCCUCUUCCAGUCCAUCUUGGGCUCCAUCGUGGACGCCUUCCUCAUCGGCUGCAUGUUUAUCAAGAUGUCCCAGCCCAAGAAGCGCGCCGAGACGCUCAUGUUCAGCGAGCACGCGGUGAUUUCCAUGAGGGACGGCAAACUCACGCUCAUGUUCCGGGUGGGCAACCUGCGCAACAGCCACAUGGUCUCCGCGCAGAUCCGCUGCAAGCUGCUCAAGUCUCGGCAGACACCUGAGGGUGAGUUCCUACCCCUUGACCAACUUGAACUGGAUGUAGGUUUUAGUACAGGGGCAGAUCAACUUUUUCUUGUUUCCCCCCUCACGAUUUGCCACGUGAUCGAUGCCAAAAGCCCCUUUUAUGACCUCUCCCAGCGCAGCAUGCAAACUGAACAGUUCGAGAUUGUCGUCAUCCUAGAAGGCAUUGUGGAAACAACUGGGAUGACUUGUCAAGCUCGAACAUCAUACACUGAAGAUGAAGUUCUUUGGGGUCAUCGUUUUUUCCCUGUAAUUUCCUUAGAGGAAGGAUUUUUUAAGGUUGAUUACUCCCAAUUCCAUGCAACAUUUGAAGUCCCCACCCCACCGUACAGUGUGAAAGAACAGGAGGAAAUGCUUCUCAUGUCAUCCCCUUUAAUAGCACCAGCCAUAACUAACAGUAAAGAAAGACAUAAUUCUGUGGAAUGCUUGGAUGGGCUAGAUGACAUUAGUACAAAGCUGCCAUCUAAGUUGCAGAAAAUUACUGGCAGAGAAGACUUUCCAAAAAAACUCUUGAGAAUGAGUUCCACAACUUCAGAGAAAGCCUACAGUCUGGGAGAUUUGCCCAUGAAACUACAACGAAUAAGUUCAGUUCCUGGCAACUCAGAAGAAAAACUGGUCUCAAAAACCACCAAGAUGCUAUCUGAUCCCAUGAGCCAGUCUGUGGCUGAUUUGCCACCAAAGCUUCAAAAGAUGGCUGGAGGAGCUGCUAGGAUGGAAGGGAACCUUCCCGCCAAAUUAAGAAAAAUGAACUCUGAUCGAUUCACAUAACAACACACCCCCUUAGGCAUUAUUUCAUGUUCAAUUUAGUAACAGUCCAAUAUUUGGCUAAUGAGAUAAUCCUCCCUAAGAAGUAGGAAAGAUACAUUUUCCUCAAAGUUCUAUAUGCAUAUUUGAGAACACUUCCCAAGUAUUCUUGGUAUUCUUGCUGCAUAAGCAGCAAGAUUCCACCAAGGAAGGACAUCGCAAAGAAGUUCAUCCUAAUGGGCAUGUAUUAUCACAUCAAGCAUGCAAUAAUGUGCAGAUUUUGCAUUUAGUUUUAUGGCAUGAUUUAUAUAUGGCAUAUUUAUAUUGUGUAUUCUGGAAAAAAAAUAUAUAUAUAUUUAAAAGGGGUGGCAUUCUCCCUGACAUUUCUAACAUAUGUAUUAAGCCAAACAUGAGUGAAUAGCAUUCAGGGCGAUAAAAAUUUAUAUAUAUUUGUGUGUGUGUGUGUGUGUGUGUAUAUAUAUGUAUUUAAAUAUAUACACACACAUACAUACGUUCGAUAAAAUUGUGAUGUUUUGUUCAAAGUUGUAGUUCUUGUGCAUGUUUAUUAGACAACAAAGGCUACUGGCAUUAAUUAUUAAUACCAAAUAUCUUAGCCUUAAAUUAUUUGUCAUUUUAGAAUCUUAUUUAAUGUUUUCUGCUGUUUAAGGUCUUCAGAAGUUUUCAGUUGUAUUUUAUACUGGAGAGUAUCACAAGUUUGUACUAUUUAUGGCCCUGCAAAAAUAUAACCAUUAUGUAUUUAACUUGUAAAUUUUAGAGGAUAUCAGUACACAGUAAAUAAUUGACAAUUUCUAUAAAUUUUUUAAAAUAUGAUAUUACUAGGGGAAAACAAACAUUGGCUUAUUUGCGAAUUGAUUAUUUCUUGGCCUAAAGAAAAUUUAGAAAUCUGUUCUGUAUACAACCAAAUACAAAUGUGAUUUUGGCUUUUAAACAAAUGCUGGUUCAUGAUAAUAGAAAAUAACCAACUUAUGCUGAAUAUAAGGUAACCUAACUGAAAUGAUAUAACUAAGGGUCCUUGUUUUAAACGGAGUCACUUGGAAAUAUUUUAACUGUUUUUCAGAGGUUUUUAUCAUUUUAAAGAUUUAUUUAUCCUUAUGGAGUCAUGAUACUGCAAUGAAAACAGAUGAUAAAUAUUUAUGCUUCAAAUA